CAAUGUACGGCAUUCGCCCUAAUUCAAGUCAAAGAUGUCGAAACUGCCAACGGCAUCCUCAAAGAGGGACUUUGCAUCGACGCCCGCAGAUACGCUGUCAGUAAGGAUCGAAAGGAACCCCUUCGCUGCGCUAAAUGUCAAAAGUUCGGACACAUGGCACGCAAUUGCUCCUCUCCUCAUGACACCUGUGGCACUUGCAGCGGACGCCACCGGACCACUCUAUGUAACUCAUUCCGCACUGAAUGUUGCGUGAACUGCAAGAGUCAAUCCCACACCAGCUGGAGUCGCAAAUGUCCGGAAUUCCUUCGCCGGUGCAAAGCCUUGGAUGAGAUGUACCCUGAGAACAAGUUACCCUUCUUCCCCACGAGCUCCUCCUUGACC